AUGGCGCCCGCAGCAACCGGAGGCAAGAAGCAAAAGAAGAAGUGGUCCAAGGGCAAGGUCAAGGACAAGGCCCAGCACGCUGUCGUUCUCGACAAGGCCACCAACGACAAGCUUCAGAAGGAUGUCCAGUCCUACCGUCUGAUCACUGUCGCCACCCUUGUCGAUCGUCUCAAGAUCAACGGCAGCCUCGCCCGCCAGGCUCUCAACGACCUUGAGGCUAACGGCCAGAUCAAGAAGGUCGUCGGUCACUCCAGCCUGAGCAUCUACACCCGUGCCGUCACCGCCGAGUAA